AACCACUAAUAAACCAUAUCAAGAAAGUUACGGCAAUCCAAACAGCGCUGCUUUUAUGGAACUUGCAAGUCAGCUUGUAACAAUGUUUGAUCUGAUCAUGUCGAGUAAAUAUGGCAAGUUAUUCAUCAAAUCACAUGUCAUAAAGUUAAGGAGAGUAGGUACGAGAAAUCGAGCAGACUCUACGGAAGCAGAGAUGGGGCUUACAUUCAACCAAACUACUGCUACAGAAACAGAAAUCCCCAACCCUAAUAAUGUUGCUGAAACAUUAAAAGAUGCUGUGACAAACACCACUAACAACUUCUCCAUCAAUAUUGAUCCCACCACCAUUGCAGCAUUUGAACCCAAUCUUACAACAACUGGUGUAGUGACUACAACUGGUGUAGUGACUACAAACGGUGUAGUGACUACAAACGGUGGUUCAGCAGCAGGUGGAUUGACUACGACUGAUGAAGCAAUCACAUUAAGACGGUUGACUUUCAGAUCAGUUGGAGAGACAUUUACAAGUGACUUGGAGAACCCAUUAUCUGCAGCUUUUAAAAGCCGAGCAUCACUGAUUACGUCAAUAAUUGCACCUUUCUACAAGAAAGCAUUUACAUCAUUCAGCUCCCUCACUGUGGUUUCAUUUAGUAAUGGAUCCAUCAUCAACAACUGUAAUGCUGGCUUUGCAUCUUCAUCUGUACCUAAUAUCACCCAGAUUGCAAUGGUAUUGAUCAAUGCAGCUCCAAAUGUGACAGCCUUCAACAUUGACAACACCUCCAUUUCUAUAGAUGGCGCACAACCCAAUCUUACAACAACUGGUGUAGUGACUACAACUGGUGUAGUGACUACAACUGGUGUAGUGACUACAAACGGUGUAGUGACUACAAACGAUGGUUCAGCAGCAGGUGGAUUGACUACGACUGAUGAAGCAAUCACAUUAAGACGGUUGACUUUCAGAUCAGUUGGAGAGACAUUUACAAGUGACUUGGAGAACCCAUUAUCUGCAGCUUUUACAAGCCGAGCAUCACUGAUUACGUCAAUAAUUACACCUUUCUACAAGAAAGCAUUUACAUCAUUCCGCUACAUCACUGUGGUUUCAUUUAGUAAUGGAUCCAUCAUCAACAACUGUAAGGCUGGCUUUGCAUCUUCAUCUGUACCUAAUAUCAACCAGAUUGCAAUGGUAUUGAUCAAUGCAGCUCCAGAUGUGACAGCCUUCAACAUUGACACCACCUCCAUUUCUAUAGAUGGCGCACAAGUAUCAAGUGGAAUCAGCCACAAGACUAGUCUCAUCACGGCCUCCUUCAUGGUACUAACGUCAUGGCUGCUAGCAAGACAACAGUAGUGCGAAUGCUAAUGUCCACAUGGCAUCUGCUAUCUCUGGUUUGAAAAGGGACAGUGUUCUGAAAUGAAAAAUCCAAGAAGACUAUUGAUGAUCAACAUACUCAUAACAACUAGACUUCAACAGCAUCUAUUCAGCUUUCCUUAUUUCUCGGUUUGACAUCCUUUGAGGACCAUCCGUGGAUGAGACAACUUCCUUCACCUGGUCUACUGAAAUGUACAUGUCAUUAUGAACAUAAAUCAAUGUUUACACAGAGAAACAUUUUGAGGAUAAAAAACUUAACAAACAGCAAAUUAUUUAUAUAAAAAAGUUGAUUAUUGUGACAUUCCUGCAAUAUACAAUAUGUGAAGAAUGUCCUGCAUGAUUUAGUCUAUUUUUCUAUUCAACACACAUUUAUAUUACUCUACAAAUGUGUAUUCUGUUAAGCCACCUGUACCUGUAUACCUUUCAAAAAAGUACACGGAGCUCUAUUUUAAACAUCAGUGCACUUGGUCAAAGAGGUAUGGUGACAGCACAUUUAAGUCAUGUCUAAAGUGUCUUCAGCUAGUAUAAUGGUAGAGUCACACAUCUGUGCCCAUGUUUUAAAUGGAUUGUACUUAGCCUCAAGUCAUGGUGUAUUCUGGGCAUUACCUAUUCUAUAACAGUAGACCAUGGACCGCAGAUGAAAACUAGCCUUUUGGUCAACUCAUAUUAUGCAUUAUUGUGCAUUGUCCUCACCAAAUCAACAAAUAAAUGAAUAAAUUUUUUUUUUUUUAAAAA